AUGAAAGAGCUCGCGGACCAGUACCUCGCGGCCGGCCGCGAGGACGUCCACCUUGGAUUCGCAGCCGCUACCACUGGCGACGUACGACGAUACAACCAUCCCACGAAGGAAGAGGUCGCCGCGGUGUUCGUCGCCGAGGAUGGCGCGCCGCCCGGAGGACGCGACCUGGUUCUCUGGCCUCGCGAUGCCGCGGCCCCCGUGCACCGGGUCAACGACAGCAACGAGCACGUCGACCCAUGCACAUACGUGUUGCUCUUCCCGCACGGAGACCUCGGUUGGAACUGGCACUUGCAACGCCACCCGGACCGCGCGUCCACCUCAUACACGCGAGUCACUCCCAUGCAGUUUUACGCCUCCAAACUUAUGGUGCGACCCCACCGGGGGCCCCUGCCGCACGCUGGCCGCUUCCUCUUUCAGCAGUACAUCGUCGAUGGGUACUGCAAGGCAGAGUCUCACCGCCUAGAGUACCUCCGCCUGAACCAAUUUCAGCUCCGAGCGGAAUCUUAUAAGGGCUUGUGCGAUUACGUCGAGGGGCUCUCUUCAGGCGCCGCCCCGCAGAGGAUCGGCCGCCCAGUGAUCCUGCCGUCCACGUACCCAGGUGAACGGUAUUUCCUGUACAUCCUGCUCUUGCACGUGCCGGGCGCCACCUCGUGGGAGCUCCGACACUUCUUCGCCAACUUGCUGCUCAAUGCCGGGGCCGGCAUCGCCGCCGGCGACCUGUGGACGGAGUUCGCCCCUGCUCUCUGCGAAGACUACACUCGAUCCAGACCCGCGGAAGUGGCCCGUGAUCUCGCUCUCCAAGACAUCCAGGACGCGCUCCAAAAGCGGGGCAAGAAGAACUCCGACUUCGACGGGUUGCCGGACCCGGCCAAUUUCGACAGGGACUUGUGGCUCAAUGCGGACCUCGCGGCUGAGCUCCGCUUCGACCCGGCCCAGGAGCGCGACCACGCCAACACCUACCGCGCGCAUGGCGCGGGAGGUGUGUUCUUCGUCGACGGACCCGGUGGGACAGGCAAGUCUUUCUUGUUCCAGGCGCUCAUUCAUUACGCCCGUGGCCUCCGCAAGUUGCCGCUUGCUUGCGCUUGGAGCGGCGUGGCCGCGGCGCUCCUGUCCAACGGCCGCGCUGUUUCCUCAAGAUUCGGCCUCCCCGUGCCGCUGCCCGACGAGAAUGCUCAAUCCUCAGUCACCGCUCAGAGCGCCAGAGGGCGCGUCCUGUACGCUGCGCACAUCAUCUUGUGGGACGGAAUCUCUAUGACACCGCUGGAGGCCCUCCACGCAGCUGACCGUGCCCUGCGCGACAUCCGCCGCUGCGAGGCCCCUUUCGGGGGCAAGGUCCUCGUGCUCGCUGGCGAUUUCCGGCAGGUCCUCCCCGUGGUGCCCCGGGCGGACGAGGAGAAGAUCAAAGCUCAUGCGGCCGCGCGCCACCCCGCAUUCACCACAGGCAUGGUGCGCGCCCACUCCCUGGCCCAGAACCGGCGCGCGAGCAACGACCCCGCCUUCGCGGAGUUCCUCUUGGAGGUCGGCGACGGCCGCUUGCCCGUGCACCCCUCCGUCGGCCCCGCCGCCGUGCUUCUGAACGACGACAUCCUCGCCCCGCCGGGCACGACGUACGAAUCCCUCGCGCCCUGGGUCUUCGGGUCCGUCGUCGACGCCGGCCUCUCCCUCGCAGCGGCCGUGUCCCCAGUGCCGCCCGACGCCCUCCAGUGCCUAAGCUCCGCAGCCGUCCUCGCCCCGAAGAACGACGUGGUGCAAUCUUUCAACGACGCCGUCCUCGCUCCCCUCCCGCCCGAAUCCGUCGUGGAGCACUGCAGCGUCGACCGCGUCGACGCGCGCGACCGCAACGGCAGCCAGCCCCCUGUUGGCCCCCGCGCGGUCGGGCGGAGCACUGCGACGACCUUCCGCCUGCUCGCGAAGGGCGGGUCCUUGCUCGCCGGGCCCUCCGGCCUCCCCUUGCACACGCUGCGCCUCUGCGCGGGGGCCGUCGCCAUUCUGAUGCGCAACAUCAACGCCGAGCUCGGCCUCUGCAGCGGCAUUCGAGCAGUUGUGGUAGCGUGCAAGCCGCGGGCGCUCGACGUCCUGAUCCUCGCAGGCGUCCCCAUCAGGCGUCCGCCGAUCAUCCAGCCGGCGCGUUCACUGACAACGUCGUCUACCGUGACAUUCUGGGCCAAGCGCGACAGAGCCCGCCCGCAGAUAGGCGCCAGCCGCCCAAGGCGGCGCGCCUGCGCCUGGCGAGCGACUGCGCGCCCGCGUCCACCCGCGGCCUGCCCCGUCUACUUCGAACGCCAGCGAGAGGCACGCUGCGGCCUUCAUGCGCUGAACAACGCCCUGGGCUUCGACUUCCUCACAGUCGCGGACAUGACCGCUGCUUGCACUCUGCACUUGGACGAGAGCGCCAUGGAGGGCAACCCCGAACCACGGCACCUGCACGAAAGUGACGGCGGUUGGUACAGCGAAGCGGUCCUGGCCGUCGCCCUGCGUAUGAAACAGAAUUUGUUCCGCCUCAACUUGGACAACCCUUUGCAGGCCACUCCGGCAGGCCUCCUGCGCCUGAACGCCGAAGCGGUGUCCAGCGCAGUCAUCAACAAAGACCAGUCGCAUUGGGUGGCCCUGCGGGUGAUCGACGGUGACACUUGGCGCUUGGACAGCGACGCGGGGGCAUCGGUGCUCUCCGUGAGCGACGCUCUGGAGUUCCUCGCUCGCGGCGCGCCCUGCGCGACGAGCGUGCCCUUCCAGCGCCCCCCAUUCCCUGCUAUGCCUGCGGCCGCUCGCCGCGUCGGCUGGACGGUUGCUGCCGCGGCGCUGCUUGCGCUCGCGGCCGCCGCGCGCCCCCGUCAUUCCACAGCCGCUUCGCGGACGCCGCCGGCCUCGGCCGCCGCGCGCUGGGCGGCUGAGGCGCGCGGCGCGCCGACGCGCCCGUGCCCUUCGCAAGCUCGCCUGCUCACCGCGGGGAUCGCUUUGCGCCUGCAGCUGCUCGUGCGGCUCUUCGUCCAGCUCCUCGGCGGGGCCGCGGUCGCGGCCAUCGCCGCCGCGGGCGUGCCUGUCCUGAUGCUGCCCGCCACGCCCCCCAAGCUGCGCAAGACGAACUCGGGCGCCCGCGUCCCCGGGUCGGCAUCCGGCCAGGACGUCGUGUCCACAAUGCCGGCAGGCGAGCCUCUCACGCAAAUCAUCAUCCAACGCGAGGCGCACCCACGAGUGGACGCUAACAUUAUUCAGGCCCUGAACGCCUACUGCCUGGCCGCGCAGGACGAGCUCGCAGAGGGAGACACUUUCGCGCGCAAUGUCCAGGAACUCCAGCGGGACUACGGCCUGCACGUGGUCAUCACGCGCAACCAGCAGAACCCGCAGCGGGCUCCUUUCGAGAACGGCCGCGUCGCUUUUUACAAAACGGGCGACGAAGAGGACGCGAAGGCAGCGCUGGACAUGAUAGUGAACGGAUACAUCCAGCACCGCGUCCGGAACCCUCUGCAGGGAAUCGACCGCAAGCAGUUCCCCGACCCGGCGGCCAUCGCUGUGCACGUGCACCCGUUCACGGGCAUCGAUUUCUUGGGUGAGCACGGGAGAGACUCCGACCUCACCACGACCGUCCACGACCCCCAGCGGGUUCUGCCCAUGACGCUGCACUCCGCGGCCGCGCCCGGAAGCUCCGACCAGAAGAUCUUGCUCGCCGUCCUGGAGUUCGUCACCGACGCCUCCGUGGCGAUUUCGAUCACAGGCCGCACCUACGUUUUCCGCUCUAGGUUCGAUGCCGCCGGCAUUCCUUUGAACGAGGCGGACAGCGCGGAGCGGGCAAGGGUGAUCAACGACCACUCCGUGGCCACGCAGUCGGACCUCGACAUGCUCCUCGCCAUCUUCGGCAACGCCGUCUUGAAAGGUCACGCAGUGCUGGUGAAAGCCGUGAACAAGCCUGCGGAGGACUCCGCGGCGCACCGCUUCCAGGAGGCCCUGAAAGACCUGCCCAGCAUAGAGUUCCAGGAGAGCGAGUAG